CCUGUUUCCAACGACUGGACACCCUCGAGCAUGAGGUUGCGCCCCGGAUGGCCGGCCGCUUUAGCGUUACCGCUACUGCAGGUCGUGCUAGUGGCGAGCAAGGCAUUGGACCAGAAGCAGCUGCUACCGAUACAACAACAGCAACAACAGAUCCCAGUUAACGCGCAAGCAGCUCAGAAACGAGUGGGAUACGGAGGAGGAGGAGGUGACUUCGGGGGUGGCGGUGGUGGCUUCGGGGGUGGAGGCUACGACGGUGGUGGCCACGGAGGUGGCAUCAGCGACUUUGGAGGUGGCGACCACCACGGAGGUGGAGGAGGAGGAGGUGGCUUCGGCGGUGGAGGUGGGGGAGGCUACGGAGGCGGCGACGACCAUCACGGGGGUGGCGGUGGUGGAGGCUUCGGAGCCAGUAACUUCGGGGGUGGUUUCGGGGGUGGAGGUGACCUCGGGGGUGGGGGCUACGGAGCCGGUGACGACCAUCACGGGGGUGGAGGAGGCGGCGGCUUUGGGGGUGGUGGUGGCUACGGAGGCGGUGGCGAUCACCACGGAGGUGGUGGAGGAGGCGGCGGUAUAAGCGACUUUGGAGGUGGUGACCAUCAUGGAGGCGGUGGUGGAGGCGAUUUCGGGGGCGGCCAUGGAGGUGGUGGCAGCGACUUUGGUGGCUAUCCUCCAUCCGGGGUACCUGACGGAGGCGGUGGCCACGACUUUGGCGGCUACGGAGGUGGUGGUGGCGGCGGCGGUGAUGAGCAUCAUGACCACCAUCACGAGAAAGGAUACUGGAAGAAGAAGCUGAUAUGGAAGCCCGGCUGGAAGAAGGUCUGGAAGUCGGCCAAGAAGCAGAUCUGGAAGCCCGCCUGGAAGAAGAUUUGGAAGCCCGAGUGGGUGCCAUCGAAGAAAGCCAUCUGGAAGGACAUACAAGUGCCAGCCUGGAAAAAAGUGUGGAAGCCAGUGUGGAAGGAGAUAAAGGUCCCGGCUUGGAAGGAAAUCCAAGUGCCGGCCUGGAAGAAGGUGUACAAGCCGAUCUGGGUGCCGACGAAGGUCCCCGCUUGGAAGGACAUCCAAGUGCCCGACUGGAAAAAGGUGUACAAACCGAUCUGGGUGCCUAUAAAGGUGGCCGCCUGGAAGGAGAUCCAGGUGCCCGCGUGGAAGAAGAUCUGGAUCCCCGAGUGGAUAAAGGUCGGCAUACCGGGCGAGAAGCACCUCGGGACCGACGACCACGGCUGGGAGUACACCAGCCACGAUCUCUGGAAGAAGAAACUGAUCUGGAAGCCCCUGUGGAAGAAAAUCUGGAAGCCCGCGAAGAAACAGAUUUGGGUCGAAGACAAGAAGCUCGAGUGGAAGGAGGAGUGGAAGCAGAUAUGGAAGCCCGCGAAGAAGCAAAUCUGGGUGGAGGACAAGAAGCUGGCCUGGAAGGAGGAGUGGAAGCAAAUCUGGAAACCCGCGAAGAAGCAGAUCUGGGUGCCGGACAAGAAGCUCGAGUGGAAGGAGGACUGGAAGCAAAUAUGGAAGACGGAGCAGAAGCAGGAGUGGGUCGAGGACAAGAAGCUGGUGUGGAAGGAGGCGUGGAAGGAGAUACAGGUGCCGGACUGGAAGGAGAUCUGGCUGCCCGAUUGGAAGAAGAUCUGGAAGCCGGUCUGGAUAUCCGAGUGGUUCCCCAUCGACGACCACCACGAGGCUCACCACGACAGCGGCUGGAAGGACCGCAAGGACACGAGCGCUCAAUCGUCCCAGGUACAACCCGUUGCAGUUGCCGCCCAACAGAAACUACCCUCGGCACAGCAGACUCAGGCUGUCCAACCGGUCAGGUGGGACAGGUCGUUCCAGGCCUCGGCCGUGGCCGGGUCGGUGUCGGCGGUGGCGGCCUCUGCAGCAGCCCUACCCUCGAUAACCCAAGACCUCGUGCCACCGCCGCUCAACCAGCCGGCCGGCCAGCGCUUCAGUUUCCCCAGUCGUUAACUCCCCGCUAAAUAAGUACGACGAACCACUUAUUGCCUACUUAUUAUUCCUGCCGAUGGACGUCCGAGAGUCGCUGUAAUUCAUAACACCGCUGUUAUUCUAGGUAUGUACGCGACCGACGGAGUUUGUACAAAAUUAUCAUCGAGAUCUGUAUUCCU